AUGCCCUGGCCUGGGUCGGACAGCGGAGGUGACAGACCUCUGCUGGCCCCAGUAAUGAUGGCGAUGUUUCACGACAAGGUGGAGAUUGAGGACUUCCAACAUGACGAGGACUCGGAGAAGUACUUCUACCCCUGCCCAUGUGGGGAUAACUUCUGCAUCACCAAGGAAGAUUUGGAGAAUGGGGAAGAUGUGUCAACGUGCCCUAGCUGCUCUCUCAUUAUAAAAGUGAUUUAUGACAAAAAUCAGUUUACAUGUGGAGAGACAGUCCCGGCCCCUUCCACCAACGAAGAACUAGUUAAAUGUUGA